GGAGAGGUGUUGGAAUACGGGUGGGGGAUAAAUAAAAAACGCGAAGCCGAAGACUUGAUGUAACUUUAAAGUCUUUUCUUUGUUAAUUUACAGAAUAGAAGCGCUUUUUAUUGUAAGUACGUGCUGCAGACAGCUAUGAAACAUUUACUGCUAAAGCUAGAAUUAUGGAGAGGAAGAGCUGUUCAAUCUGAUUUCUCAGUUUCAGGAUUGUUAGUUAUAAGCUAGACAACCCGGAAUGGCAUCAGCUCCAGCCCAGCAGCCCACACUGACAAUAGAACAAGCCAGAGUGGUGCUGAGUGAGGUGAUCCAGGCCUUCUCUGUGCCUGAGAAUGCCUCUCGAAUGGAGGAGGCGAGGGAAAGUGCCUGCAAUGACAUGGGUAAGAUGCUACAGCUGGUUCUUCCGGUGGCUACACAAAUCCAGCAGGAGGUGAUCAAGGCCUACGGCUUCAAUAAUGAAGGAGAGGGUGUUCUGAAGUUUGCCAGACUGGUGAAGAUGUACGAAUCUCAGGACCCAGAGAUCGCUGCCAUGUCGCUCAAGCUCAAGUCUCUUCUCCUGCCGCCUCUGUCGACUCCGCCCAUCGGUGGUGGAAUCCCUGCAUCUUAAAUUCAACUAAACCAAUAUCCACAUCGCAGGGGUUCAGACCAUUUACAGCCUCACAGUUACUGUUUCACAUCAGAAAUAUUGGCAUAUCUUCCAGACUUUAAGACUACAAAACACACCUCCAUAGAUUCUAAAUCAGUGUAUUCACAGCUGUUAGUCACUACAUUGUGGCUGGUGUUUUGAUUUGUAGAAGUAGAGCGUAGCCUGGUUUAAGCAGCUGAAGUUAAGGUUUUCACCGCAGGGAAUUUCAGCACGUUUAUAUCAAAGCAACAAACAUCAGCUGUUGCAUGUUCUACGCACCUUUUUCCACCUUCUCUUCCGUACCGCUCAUAGUUGUUGCAGUGAAAAUUCCAGAACAACGAUGGAAAUGCAACUUUGGACAGCAUCUUCAGCGCCGCUUCAUUUCGAGUCAUAAUGCCUACUAUAAAGAGCACAAAUAAAUAAAUUGUACAAAUUGUAGUAUGGAAAAUCGACUAUUCAAAUCCUGAACUUCUUGCAUUACCAUGGCAUUCCACUUUUUCUAUUAGCAUUACAUAUGCUCUCAUAUUUAUUUGUCUUACGCUGUAUACAGUACAAAGACUUUUGGACAAACCUUGAAAUUUGUGGGAAAUAACAAAUCUGAAGAUAUCUCGCUCUGAUGUACGUUUAAAUCCUACAUCUGCAAUAGAUAUUCCAGCAGUGCAAAGAUCCCGAGAAACAAUUAUACCAGGAAUGAAAUAUUAGGUAUGUAGUCAAUCAGCCACCCAUAUUUGUUUCUUUAGUUUUUGCAAGUUCCUGGCCAACAAUAGAAAACUCUCUCACCCAAAUUCUUUUGCAUAAAUAAUUUCCUCAAGCCACAUCCAGUUCUUCAGUCAUAUCAGUCAAAAGAUUUUGGACAUAGUGUGAGUUAAUGUAACGUAUAAACAUGAAAAACAUCACCGUGCAGCUGUACCAGUAUAGGGGCAGCCAUCUUGGAACACUGGAGGCUUAAAAAGAAAGUAUACUAACGCUGCGUCUCAAUUCUCCUACUAUCUGUCCUAAGUAGUAUCCGAGACUAGAAUUAGUGUCUCCCAAAUGGUAUUAUGUUGAAAUGAGUCUCCCAAAGUUACCUGGAUGGUCUACUAUUUUCGAAAUUGUCGAUCCAUGGACACUUUUUCAGCUAAUAUUGCCCUACAAGUCCUUGCAUGAGGGAGGAAGGGAGGAGGAGUUUUGUGAUGGAGUUUUUGUGCUUUUUCAUACAUUUUAGACAUUUCACACAUUUGUGUAAAUAAAAUGUGGACAAAUAAAUUAAGGGAAUGGUAAAUUUAAAUUUGAUUAGUAUGUAUUAAUAUAAAUAAUUAUAUAAGGAAUAAUGAAUGAAGAAAAGCUGAAAUGCAACGAGGAGGUUGUUUACGGUGACUGUGUGCGUAAAUAGGCAACAACAUCCUCUUCCGUACAUGACAUGUUGGUAAGCCGUUGUACUACUUGCAUACUCUUUUGCUACACACUCAAAAGUAUGGACAUCUCUUCACAAAAAGAGUACAUACUUUUAGCGCAUAGGAGAAGUAGGCAAAUUGGGACUUAGCAGUGAGAUUUCGGUUGCAGUAGACUUCAGUUUUUUGUUAGCAGCAUCAGCCUGAGGUCAAAACUAAAGAGAAAACUGACUACACUGGGGAUGAGGGGAACAUAUAACACUGUUUAUUCAUGUUCAGAACCUCUACAGUGUCAGGUGCAGCCCACCUUCAAACUCAACAGCAGUCCAGCAAAACAGUAGUAUUCAUCGUUUUUUUUCUUUCUUUAUUUUUUUAAUACAUAUUGUGGUGUGUGUAUUAACUUUGUGCAAUAAAAACUUUUAUCAGGUUCAA